UGGCGUAUGCUCUUCAAGUCAAUUGACACGGCAUGCGGAAAUAUCGAACGCACCGGUUGAAAACAAAAACAAUUAGUCGCUGUAAAGAUAGCAAUUAAUUCAUUUUGUAGCUGCCAGAGGAAAUUACCGAUAGGCAGGUUAUUUGGUUGUUUGAUCACACCGUAAAAUAUGGAUCCUAAAAAAGAAGGGUCAAGGUCAGUUUCUCCUCACAGAGGUCAUCAUCUUGUUGGUCCCAGACAUCCCGUAGCCAGCCAGCCUGGUCAAAUGCCUGGAUCCCUAAAUAUUCUCUCAACAAUUCUGAGAUCACCUCAUCCUAGUCUACCAGCAGGUCAUCCAAGAGUCAUGUCAGAAUCACUACCUAAAUCAGGCAGAGGUCAGUCACCAAUCAGAGUGAUUACAACGCUUCCAGCUUCAGCGACAUCUUCAGUAUCUCCCAGGGCUGGUCUGUCUCCGUCAAGAACACCAACAACACUGCCUCCAAAGAAAAGUUUAUCUCCUUCUAGACCAGUUUAUUCAGAGAGACAAACUCCAUCGCCAAAAAUUGUCAAAACUUCUGAUCUGGCCAGUUCACUGCAAAGUUCAUUACAAAGUUCACUGCAGGGUCAAGUUCAGGGUCGUCAAGGUCAAGGUCAGUUGUUGUCACACUUGCCUUAUCUAGCACAGAAAUUGCAAGGUGGUUUAUCUCAUGAAGGUCUGUUUCAGCAGUACAAAGUUCAGCAGGUUCAUGGAGCACCUAUACCAGGGGGUACUGCACCCGGAAGUCUGUUAAAAGAAGCGGGGCCACCAGUUGUUUCAGUUGGAAGACGAAGCCCAGGGCGACAAGCACAACCCCUACCAGCCCAUCAGAGAAUACCUUCACCAUCGCAUGUUUCAACAAUAAGAAGAACCCCAUCCCCAGCUCACAUGCCAGUGGGGUCAGACCCUACAGCGAAGGUUAUUGUUGCACACACUGGGGCAGCCAGACCACAAGCUGUGAACCUAGUAAAGACUUCAGCACACCAAACUGUCCCUGAAACAAGAAUGAUAGACACAGACUUCAAGUAUGGUGACUUGUUACAGAGUAUCAACAGAUCGCAUGAGAAUAUACAGUCCCAUUUAAUGCAAGGUGGGCUUUCACCCAUAACCCCGUCUGACCCUGUCAGCACCAGAUCGUGGUCCUCUCAGCCAGCACCCCAGCUGGUCCCAGUUCCAUCAGUAGCUCUGUCACUGGGUCAUGCACUCAGCAGUGGAGCAUUCAGCCAGACUCACGGUGUACAGCCAGCCAUUAGAAGUACCGGAACAGUUGGAGCUACCCAUAUGACCGUAUCUCCAGCAGUUGGGUUCACACCAGUAGUUAUACCUUCCCAGAGCUACAGGUCUAGGAGUCCGCACCGUUUGUCUAGUAUACCAGUACCCACUUCAAGUACUAUUAGCAGUAUUUCUGCUAGUGCCCAUCAGCCUGCAUUAAGUUAUAUUCAUACCCAUGGAACCCCUGCGCAGUCAGUGUCUAUGACAGAACCUGGCCCACCAAACAUUACCAUUUCAUCGUGCAGUACUAUCCCAACUCCAGACAGACCUCUUCAAAAACUUCCCAGAAACCCAUUUACAUUUCCUGCCACACCUCCAGUCACACUGACCAAUGAAAGGCCAACUAUAGGAAUUCCCAUCAUCCAAUCAAAAAUAAAAACAGAAGGAAAGCUGACAACCAGUGAAAAACAGCGACACUGUAGCGAUGAAAUGCCACAACUGUCUCCAGUGAAAAAAGUAGAAAUAAAGAAAGAAGAUGAAGAGGAUCUUGUCAGUAUUCCAAAUGCCUAUAACAUGAGGCUACAGACAUUGGCAAACUUUCCAAAUAACCCCACCUACAGACCUACAUACAGGGCAACUUCAGUCGCUAUACACAAAGCAAAGGUUGGAUGUAUAACAAACUCGGCUAAAUCGCUGGACAUUUUACGCCAAAAUUUACAGAAAUGUAUAAACAAAGAGAUUGAUGCUGUCAUACAGUCAUACAUGGAUAAAUUCUUCAAGUUAGGUAUUGAAAACAUCAGGCUGAACAAUGGAGAAACUGCAGUAACAGAUGAUCAUAUACAGGCUGUGUGUAGACAGAUCCUUGAAGAGGCCAAGAAGAUGUAUAUCAGUGAGAGUGGACGUCAGAGUGUAUCACCAGCCAGGGAACUGUCAGACAAUGUUUCUGAGGCUGGAAGUAGCGGAAGAAGAUCAGCACUAGGUAGAAGAAGACACCCAUCAGAUACAGACUCUGAAGCCAGUCUUAGACCAGCAGGAAAUGCAAACAAAAAGAAAAAAGGAAGAUACAUUGUUAACCUUACAGGAAGAUCUACACCUUCCAAGUUGGCUCUUCUGCAAUCCAAGCGAGAAGGCCCUAAGUUUGAACCAGAGAGACUUACAGAAGAAACUUUAUUUGUGAUGGGAUCAAAAGCAAACAAGGCUAUGGGUUUUGGAGCAACAAGAGGAAGGCUGUACAUGAAACACCCAGAAUUGUUCAAGUAUGGUGGUGACCAAGAUGACAAGACGUGGCUAUAUGAACAUCAGCACAUGCCAGCAACUGGCGGCAAAUCUUACCUCAUUGUUCUUGAUGAUGUUCGAGAGCUCGCUUUAAAUGAUGAGUAUAGAGAUGCCACAGGUAUAACAGUAGAGUCGUUGUCGGGAUUUACUGUACCUAUGUGGAUGAUUGAGAAAAUGCGUAUACAGAUGGUUGCCAUGAGAACAGAUCUACCUAAACAGGCUAAAUAUAGAAGUCGGUCAACCACACCAAAUGAAGCCAACUUUGUCCCCGGAGAGGUGAAUGAUGAAGAGAGUCCCCCAAAGGAGAUGAAGGAUCUUCCAUUCUCAAGCUUCAGUAGUCCGAAACAAAACUCUAAUCUCAUUGAGGCAUCGGCAACCGACGAAGAUCUUGAAUUUCUCAGUAACACAGGAAACAGUAACACGCCCUCACAGAUGUCGCCUUUCAAUAUGACAGGAGGUUUUGAUGAUACUGCUUCACAAUCUGAUCUUGAUACUUUAGAUGAUGAUACUGCAUUUUCUCUCGUCAAAUGAGAGAUAUGACAAGCUUUUUAGUGAUACAAUCUGCCCAUUUAGCUCAGUGGGGGAGAUUACAGAUCUACCUAUCAUAGAGCCAUGAGUUCAGUCCCAGGGCUAGGUGUAUGUUUUCUACGACAAUUGAUACAAUACAUUACGUCUGAAGUUAUUCAGCCACCACCUCUUGAUUCAUGCUGGGAAGUUGGCAUUUACUUGUGCAGAACAGUUUAGCAGUACAGAAUCCAGAAAAACUGGUUUGGUGUAAUGCCCGUUGUUACAUAUAAUCUGAAUUUAUUUUUGAAAAAAACGGCACUAGACCCAAAGCAAAGAAACAUUAUUUUUGCUACACUGUACUCUCUGGUUUAUGCUAUCACCUAUGGUUCUGUGAUGAUCUAAAGGUACAGGUAGUUUGAUAAAAACAAAAUAUAUAUAUAAUGGAAAUCUCGGUCAACAACAAAGUGAUAAAUUUUGUGUUUUGUUUUUUUUUUCACUCUCAAAUGUUCACUCUUUUUUUGUUUAUUAUUUUUGUUUGUCUAUUUUUGAACAUUUUUGUAAGUUGCUUAUAAUUCUAGACUGAUAAAAACCAUGUGACUUGAUAAUAUCUUAUUUAUUAUAGGAAAGCAGAUACAGUCGAGACUGCCUUAACGACCCCUGAAUUUAGCGACUCCCUGUCAUAUGCGACCCUAUUUUAUGCUCCGGACGCAAUUUACUAUUAAAAGAGUCUGAAUUAAGCAACCCCCUGCCUUACGCGACAAGCGACUGUGAAAUCAGGCUCCCGAAUCGAUAUUUAGACCGUUUUCAGCGACUUUGAGACGCUCCCUCGCAAGAUUUUACACGAUAGAGUUACCGUUCUUUAUCUCGCGUGAAGUUGUUUGAGACGAGAACUUAUUUGUUUACAAAAAAUGGCUGAUGAAAAACAUAAAAAAGAACUAUUUUGACAUUAGAACAGCGUGUUAAGGCACUUGAAUUGCUCGAUUAGGGAAAACCAGCGUAUAAAGUCGCUGAAGAAUUCGGAGUCGGUGCAUAAAUUAACUUUAUUCCUGGUGAAACAAAAAUAUGGCGGUAUUUAACAGGAAACGACGAAACACAGAUUAAAGAUGCAGUCAAUAAUCGAAUAAAUGUCAAUGAACAACUAAUACACAAAAAUAUAAAUAUCAUAAACCUCAGUGUGUAAAUAGUUCAAAUGGAACAUUUAUAUUUUACUGCUCCCCUUUAUUUUCUUGCCAGAUCAUGAGCUUAAAUUUGUUUUAUCAACAUCAUACGAAUGAUGCAAAUUAUUUGAAAUUUAUAUUUUAUCAAUAUGCAAUUAAAGAAAUAGUAAUUAAUCAUUUUCCACUCCUACCUUAAAAGAGGCCAAUAUAUAAGUAUCUGAUAUUCAUGUACUUUAAUUGGAAAAAUAUAUGAAACCAGCAUCAUCCUGUUAAGUGAGACUGUUUUAAGAGACUCCCUGUCAUAUGUGACCUUUUUCGCUGCUUCCCAAAGUCGGUCUCUUAAAACAGUCUCGACUGUAUAUUACAAUGAUUUUAUCAGAAAAUAAUUUCUACAAUAAAACUUAGAAGGGUUGAAAUUUAAUUUACAUUUAUUUUAUACAUACAAAGUCAAUACAUGUAUGUGGUAAUUAAUUGUCAGAUUUUAAUAACAAUGGAAAGCCUCUGAAUAUUGGAUGAACUGUCUUCUGCCUAUUUUGAAGGUCACAUAUUUCAACUGUUACAUUGUCAAAGACAUAACUUAUAAUUAUUUGUGAGCAGUGACCUUGGCCAGGAAGCAGAUUAAAAUUCAGUAAGUUUCAUGCAUUAGUUACAGUAGGAAUAAAUUUUUGUUGUCUGCUAAGUUUGGUCACAAAGUUCAAAUGUUAGUGGGGCGAGGGCCUUGCUUUAUUUGUAAGCUGUGACCUUGACCCAGAAGCAGUUUACUUUAGUAAGCUUUUUGUACUAUGCAUGUUCACAUUGUGUUCUUUUCUAAAAUGUCGAAUUUGUUUUUAUCUCUAUAUUUUCAUAGUCUCUGGUUAAUAUACAUUUCACUCAGUGAAAAAAAUUGUAUGCUUGACUUCUUGCUGGGCUAGUUGGGACAGCUGUUGUUAUUUGAAUGUUUGUUGAUGAUUGUUAUGUAGCAGAUGUUCUGAACAAUCUACCAGAUCAGGGCAAACAAAUUACAUCUUAAUUAUUGUGUUUUGUAUGUAAGGAUAUAGUACAUAAAUAGAUAAAUAUUGUUAAGGUUUAAAUAUUAUAAAUUUUAUUGCAGUGUGUAAAAUCUAUAAAGUGUACCUCACUGCUGAAAAGGGAUGCAUAUAAUUUUCAAUGAAACUUAGCAUUGCAGGAAGAGCACCUGUUUAUUGUUUAGAUUUAAAUAUUAACAUUGAAAAUGCCUUUGUCACCCAGAGAAGAUAGGUUAACCCUUAUCAUGCUGGACACAAUAGAUUCUGCCUUUGCGAACAGUGCAGAUCAUGAUCAGCCUGCAUAUCCAUGCAGUCUGAUCAAGAUCUGCACUGCUCGCUAUUCAGUCAGUAUCUUUUUGGUAAGCACCCCAUUUAACAGUUAAUUAUAAAUGUCUAAAUGUAAAGAUGGACAAGUUCAUUAUAGAAAUUUAGCAGGGAAAGGGUUAAUAAAGGCUUUGCUUCACUUUUGUUUUUGAAAAAAAUUUAGUAUCUUCCUUUUCAAUGUUACUUAAAAUUUAAAUUUACAUCUGACCUUUGAAAAUUAAGUGCAAACUGGUGUCAUUGUGAAGAAAAAAAUCAAAGAAAAUAUUAAUUGUAUUCAACAACUGAAAUGUUUUAUACUCUUUACGGAUUUUUCAUAACAUUCUGUGUUGGUUAGUUUAGAGCCAUUUAUACAACCUGGAAAAAAUUACAAAAGAAUGUGAGCUCUCAACUAUUAUAAAAAAAUAACAACAAUUUUCAGAGGAAGGAAAAUAGGUGUCUCUUUUAUUUUAUAUAAAACAUAUAAAAGUAACAUCAGACUAACCAUAAAAAGUUCUGGGGAAUCCACUUGUGUUUUAAAAUCACAUUCAGUCAAACUUCAUUAGCUCGAACUUGGAAAAUUCAUACACCACCCUAUGCUCAAACUCGUCAUCAGGUCCCCGCAAAAUUCCUGUGUAACUUAUUUUGAUUGAUGGCUCGAACUUCUGACAACUCACAAAUUUUGCUUGUCGAGUUCAAGCUAACGAAGUAUGACCUUAUAUGCUUGUCAUUUCCAACAAAAGGAUUAGUCCAUAGAUUUGUAUUAUAAACAUUUGCAUAUUUUGUAUGCAUUCCUUUUCAUGGUGAUACUUUAAAAUGUUGUUAUAUAUUUUUUAAGAAAAACAAUCAUCAUUCAAUAAAUCUAUAUAUAAUUUUAAA